CUACCAACACAGUUUUCAGCUUGAGCAAAGUAAAUUGAAAUCUUCGUGAAAAAGAUCCCCCACUGUCAUGAAAAAGAUAAAUGGUGACACUUUUGAAAAAUUGUCACAUUUCUUUGGAAGACAUUCAAAUCACUGAUCGGAAAAGGGCGGCUAACUUCAAAAUUUCGCUGUAAGUUCGAUCGAGGAGAAGAAAUUGUCGAUACCCACAAACCAGCAGAUGAGUGGCGCGAGGCUGUGCGGUUUGUUGGGCGAAUUGGGGUAUGAAGGCGCACAAGCAUUGGACCCUGACAGUUUCGAAUGGCCAUUUCAAUACGACGAUGCUCGCUCGAUUCUAGAUUGGAUCUGCUCUAGCCUUCGUCCCUCCAAUGUCCUCUCCCAUUCCGAGCUUUCCCAGUACGGGCAAUUCCUUGAAGAGGGAAAGCUUUUGGAGGGGGAGGAUUUGGAUUCAGCUUAUGAUAGCAUUUCGGCAUUUUCGUCUAAACGAGACAACCAAGACGCUCUUUUUGGAGGCGAAGAAGGGUUGAAGGAGAUAAGAGAAGCAACUCUUGCAUAUAAAUCUGAAGCAUUACAGUUACAAAGACAACUUAGCCAUCUUCAGUCACAAUAUGAUAUGCUUACAAGCCAAGCUUCUACUUUGACUCAAGGGAGACGGGCACGAGUUGCUGCAACGUCUAGUGUAAAUGGACAAUUAACAAGUAUAGAUGAUAGCAUCUCUGCAAGGAAUUUAGAGAUGAAUGCAGUUCUUGGAAGGAUUGCGUCCACAGCCCAAGAGUUGGCUCAUUAUCAUUCUGGCGAUGAGGAUGGUAUCUAUUUGGCUUAUUCCGACUUCCAUCCAUACUUGGUUGGGGAUUCAUCCUGCAUAAAGGAGCUAAAUCAGUGGUUUUCUAAACAACUAGACACGGGGCCUUAUCGACUAGUUGCAGAGGAGGGCAAGUCUAAAUGUUCAUGGGUGAGUCUUGAUGACAUGUCAAAUAUCUUAGUAAGAGAUUUGGAGACAUCUCAUCAUCAACGCGUAUCUGAAUUGCAAAGGCUACGCUCAAUUUUUGGGACAAGUGAAAGACAAUGGGUCGAAGCUCAGGUUGAAAACGCAAAGCAGCAAGCUAUUCUAAUGGUUCUCAAGUCGCAAGUAACAUCAGAUGAAGCCCAUAUUCAUCUUGAUCUUCAUUCUCUCAGGAGAAAACAUUCUGAACUGGUAGGGGAACUUUCAAAUCUCUAUGAUAAAGAGGAGAAAUUGUUAUCUGAGACUAUUCCUGAUCUGUGUUGGGAAUUGGCUCAAUUGCAAGACACGUACAUUUUGCAAGGAGAUUAUGAUUUGAAGGUCAUGCGUCAAGAGUAUUACAUUGAUAGACAGAAAGUGUUCAUCAGUCAUCUGGUCAAUCAGCUUGCUAGGCAUCAAUUCCUGAAAAUAGCUUGUCAAGUGGAAAAGAAGAACAUGCUUGGAGCAUAUUCAUUGCUUAAAGUUAUAGAGUCAGAACUUCAAGCAUAUUUGUCAGCCACCAAAGGACGAGUGGGUCGUUGCCUGGCACUGAUUCAAGCUGCUUCUGAUGUACAAGAACAAGGUGCGGUUGAUGACCGCGAUAGCUUUCUGCAUGGUGUCAGAGAUCUAUUAAGCAUACAUUCAAAUAUCCAGGCUGGAGUAUCAACAUAUGUGUCUGCUCCCGGCAUUAUUCAACAGAUAUCUAGUCUUCAUUCAGACUUGAGAACCCUUCAAUCUGAUCUUGAAAACUCCCUCCCAGGCGACAGAAACAGAUGCAUAAAUGAUCUGUGCUCUCUUAUUCAAAGUUUGCAGCAAUUACUCUUUGCGUCUUCUACAACUGCACAACCAAUAUUGACGCCACGGGCCUUAAUGAAAGAGCUGGAUGAGAUGGAAAAGAUAAAUGCCAAACUAUCUUCUGCAGUUGAAGAAGUUACCUUGGAGCACUGUAAAAAGAAUGAGAUUGUCAAACAUCAUUCUCAGGAAGUAGGGCUACAACGCCGAGUUUUUGUUGACUUCUUUUGCAAUCCUGAACGUCUCAGGAAUCAAGUUCGGGAGCUGACUGCUCGAGUUAGAGCCAUGCAAGCUUCGUAGUCGAUGUCGUUUGUGUAUAAUAUAUAAAUUUUUUUUAUCAUUGCUUUAUUUGUAUGUAACUGUUUACAAUACAUCACAUGGGGAUGCUUAAUUGCAAAAGGAAGGUUAUAGGUUUCUUAUGACACACAUGAUCUGUUUUGGCAGUGUUUAAAAUCAUAGUAUUCAAUCAUAAUAGUUCCACUUGUGUUUGAGGCC